AUGAGCGCGAUUCUUUCUGCCGAUGAUCUGAAUGACUUCAUCUCACCAGGGGUCGCGUGUAUCAAGCCGAUUGAAACACUACCAGCCAAACCUGACCAGGAUGAAUCGGCCUACGAAGUAACCACAGAAGACAAAGUCGCCCCCGAAAACCUCCCGCCCGCUCAGAUAUCUCUUACUGACUGCCUGGCUUGCUCCGGCUGCGUGACUUCGGCUGAAGCGGUUCUUAUUUCUUUGCAAUCUCAUGCUGAGGUGCUUAAUACGUUGGAGUCACAUCCUGAACUACGGGUAGCCGACCUCCCUAAUGGAAACUAUGAGGAAGAUGGGCGAAUCUUUGUCGCCAGUGUCAGUCCCCAAGUGCGCGCGAGUCUGGCGGCGACAUAUGGAAUAUCGGAGCGCAAGGCCGGCUAUAUGAUUGAUCAAUUUCUCUCCGGACCACAGGGCUUAAGAGCGGGGGGACAGUACCGCAGUGGCUUCACCUGGGUCGUGGAUACCAAUGUGAUGCGGGAUGUUGUGUUGGCACUCACCACCGACGAAGUCACAGAGGCAUGUGGGAAUCCUAGCUUGGGUGCCGUCUCUCAGUCCCCAGAUUUCCCCGUCCCUCGUCGACCAAUCCUCUCUUCUGCCUGCCCAGGCUGGAUUUGUUAUGCCGAAAAGACCCAUCCCCACGUCCUCCCCCCAUCUCUCCCGGUUAAAAUCACCCCAAGCCCUGACGGGCACUCUUUCCCGAUACCACAGUUGCACCGUUCCUAUUCCCAAAACACCGCUCCUCCAGCCAAUCUCCUUCCUCCGGCCCUUCAGGGGGCUACCUUCACCACCUCCUUACAACCCACCAGUCCCUCCAUCCUAGCAGUAUCAUUCAAGCCCAGCGGGGCCGCAAACUCCGACGUCAUCGAAUACUCCUUGAUAUCUGCCGAAACCGGAGAGCCCAUAAUAAAAGCCGCCCGAUACUACGGCUUUAGAAACAUCCAAAACCUCGUUCGAAAACUAAAACCGGCCCGAACAUCUCGAUUACCUGGAGCAAGACCACCCACAAGCCGCAGAGGAGCCGCACCCUCCUCCUCCAAGGCGUCUGCAGGAGCCGCCAACGAUUACGCAUACAUCGAAGUAAUGGCAUGUCCCGGCGGAUGCACCAACGGUGGCGGCCAGAUCCGCGUCGAGGACUUGCGAGACAUCUCCACCACCACCACCGCCGGCAGCGGCAACAACAUUCCAACUGAACCCACUCCCCCGCAGAAACCCACGCCGCAAGAACAACGAGAAUGGCUCGCCCGCGUCGACGAGGCGUAUUACUCUACAGAUUCGGACUCCGCCUCCAUCCCCGACAGAAUGGACCUUGACGCCGACCAAGCACCUGAGCCCCCCAGCACACCCCAAUCCAUCCAUUCUAUUCUUCAGUACUGGUCUGAGAUGACCGCAAUUCCGCUGCCAAAGCUGGUAUAUACCACUUUCCGCAAAGUUGAAAGCGAUGUGGGCAAAGCGAAAGGCGGUGCGGCGGAUACAGCUCGUGUGAUUGAAUUAGCGGGCAAAGUUGGCGGGGGUUGGUGA